AUGAUUUCGGCCUUGAAGAAAGACAAUUGUUUGAUUUCGAUAGUCGUGUAUGAACCUGUGAUGCUUUCGCUUACUAGGCUUGGAAUUUAUGUCCCCCAUAAGGUUGGAAUCCUGCGACCAAACUGGCUAGAUGGAGCCAAGUAUCUAGGAAAACAACAUGUGAAUGGGUUUCACUGCAAUGUAUGGGAGAAAGUAGACUUUAUAUGGUACUAUGAGGAUGUUGAAACCAAGAGACCCGUGCAAUGGAUCUUCUACACAGGGAGGGAAGCUCAUGUGAUGACAUACGAGGUUGGUGCUGUCUUAGAGGAUGAGAAAUGGCAAGCUCCGGUUUAUUGUUUUAACAAAGAGAAGAAAGGUUUAUCUACAGAGGAAGGUUUAAGAGGAUUUAAGGGAUACAAAGAUAAAGCUGCUUUGUAA